AUGGAGAAUUCCAGCUCUUCAACACCUCCGCGAAAGAAGGUCAAGUCUGGGGUAAAGAAGACAGGAAAGAAGACUGAUAAGACGGGAAAGAAGACCACUGGCAAGAAAAAGUCAACUACAUCUACUAGUGCAGCUCACCUUGCAACUCCUCAUCCUUAUCCGAGCACAACUCAGUAUGCACCAGCAUAUGCGCCUGUUCCACAGAGACAAACGGUCGUCCUUGAGAAGCCAAUAGGCAAUCGAAAGGGAAAAAUGUCGGGAUGCUGUGCCGUGUUGCUGGCGGUUAUAUCCUAUCUGGUGGCCAUCGUCCUGGGUCUUUAUAUCAUGACUAGCUGCGUCUCGACAACGGCACAGGCCAAUGAAAUUUACCUCGCUGAACUCUCAACAAACGGGACAAACCAUAUCUCACUUCGUGUGGGUUACUUCGGAGGAUGUGUAUCGGUCACUGAAGCAGCUGAGACAUACUCCCCCGAUGGCAAUUCCUCCGCACAAACAUUCACCCACUGCGUCACGAAUAUGCGCCGCAAAGAUCGGGAAGAGCUAAGCGAAGAUCUAUGGGAGCCUCUGGACCUCGCCUCUUCUAGUACUCAAUCGGACGUUCAGUCCUUCCUCAACACCACCCUCCCACAAGCCAAGCAUCUCCAAGAGAAUGUCUUCUUCUUCCAACCUCCCCUUAUACACGUCGUCCUAUUUUUCGUCUCGGGAAUUAUGCUCUUCGUUGCUCGCACAGGCACAUCUAGGAAGAAGUCAUACAAGGUAAUGUUAGUGAUUGCAAUCACUUUGAGUGCCUUCUCACUUGCCCUCGCGCUAGUGACUGUUCUCGGCUCUCUACAGGGCCUGAAUGCGUUGCUUAAUUCCUCUGCAUCCGGGAAACAAAAAGACCUUGGUGAUUCAUUGUAUAUAUCGCGUGGUAAAAAUAUGCAGGGGCUUCAGGGGGCUCUUGUUGGUAUUGUCGUGGUGUUCUACGUUAUGAUGGGGGCACUCUUUGUGCAGCGAACUCCAGAGGGAGGGGGUGCGUAUAUAAUCCAGGCCUUCCAGACUGCAGGAAGACCUUUGAAGAAGAAGUGGGGGAGAAGAUAG